AUGAAUGGAUGUCUGGAGAGGACUAAUGGAUCUCAGAGUCUUGAAAGACUACUAUAUGAACAUGGAGGCUGUGUUCCAUCCAUAAAGUGCUUUGAGAAAGUUGGUGGGUCAUGGAAGGAGAUUAAUUAUAGUGAGUUUGACAAUAAAGUAGAUGAGCUCAAAAACAAGCCAAAUGGAAAUACUUCAGAUACUACUACAUAUCAGGGAAGUACUUCUACCGGAAGACAAGAUGUUACCAUUACUGUAAAAAGAACUAUCAACCCUCUUGGAUCUGACUUCCUCAUGUAUGAACAUACUCUUGAGACUGAAGGAGAAUUCAUACUAAAGGAAGUUAAAGACGAUGAUGGGAAUUCUACUAACGGGAUUCCUCUGAACAAUGGCGCUAAUGUCUCAUCAGUUUCUGCCUAUUACUGGAGGCAUGAAAAGGAUGGUGGUGGCCUACCUACUAAGGCCCUCAUAGUAGGAGUGACCACAACUGAUAGAGGAACUAACUACCACGUUAAUAUAAAUGAUACUGGUGUUAACAAGUGGAUUGAACUUAAGGGAGGUACUCAACCUCCACUCAUUAAUAAUGACCUUGAAAGGACACUGGAUGACCUAGUUUGUUCGAACUAUAAUGAAGUUAUAGUAGAUCUUAGCAAAGGGACAUCUAUGGGUAAUAGGGAGCCGUAUUGUUGCCGUUGUCAUGGUAUUAAGGAUGGUAUUGAUCAACGGAAGAUCACUGUUACUCAUGUACAAGUUUCUUGCGUACAUCAAAAGUCUGUUACCAUUUGCAAACACACCGUUAACCCUGGAUAUAGAGUUGCUGCAAUAAGUAAUAGAAGACGUAUAAAGUCUUCAAAUUUGGACUUUCCAAUCUCCAACAUAAAAUCAGUCUCUGCCUUUUAUUGUAAUCACAACCCAGUACUCAUCUAUAUCGAAUGUGGAGAAUCAGCUGAAGGCUGGUAUAAGAAGCCUACUGGUAGUAGUAGUACAGAUGAACAGUGGAAAAAAGUCUUGCCUGACCUCAACAGUAUAACACCAGAAAACAUUAUAGACUGUGGGAAAUAUAACCAACUUGUGAAUGCAUUAAAGGAGUUUAAAUCUGACUAUCAAACAUGCAGUGAGAAAUCUAAAUCCUCAUCUCCACCUAAGCCAGAUAGUGGCUCUGAAAAUAAAGGCGGUGUAGCAAGAUCAGACUCUGCUGCUGGUCCUUCUGGACCUGGACCUAAUGGUAUGAAUGGCAGAGAUGGUAAACAAACUGUUAAUAGUGCUGAUAGUGUUGGUACUGUAGCUCAACUUACUGCUAGUCCAUCUAGUGGCUCUCAUACUGAUCCUGAUGGUAAUGCUGAUGGAGCUACUAAAGUUGCUCAACAAGAUGGAACUCCUCAAUCUGAUGAUAGUGGAAGUGGUGGAAGAUCAGACUCUGGUCUUAGUUCUAGUGAAGAGAAAUUCAAACUUACUCCUGGUUCUCUAGUUGUUGAUACUAGUCCUGAUGGUCGACCUCGUGCUGCUGUUCUAUCUACUUUUGCUGAACCCUUACCUCAAGUACAAGAAACUGUUUCUGGUGUUCUUACUGGUGAAAGUGGUAUACCUGGAUCUCCUGAUGCUCUUGCUACUGCUGCUCCUGGAGCUGCUACUCAACUUCCUGCUACUGUUACUACUACUGAUGAUACUACUAAUGCUACUAGUCAAGUCUCUCCUACCACUGCUGCUCAAACUCUUGCUACUGUUACUGAAGUUACUCCUACUUCUGAACCUGUUGCUCCUCCUACUACUUCUAAUUCUACUUCUACUUCUUCUACCUGGAUUAAGGCGGUUUCAGGAACUGGUGCUUCAGCUCUUGGCACAGGAGGUGCUGGUUGGACAGCCUGGAAAGUAUUUCAAUCUCUUUUCCUUGACGUAUUUCCACGUUUAAUAUGA